AUGGACCCCGUCCUGGCCAGAAGAUUGGCAGACAUGGAAGCCAUCAUCCAACGAAUCCCAGGAGUCCCGGCCCUGAUCAAGAAGAGUGCAGAGAGUUGCUACGCUGACUCUCUGUUCGUGGAUGAGAUAGCCUUGGUGGAAAUGCCCAGAAAGUUUAACUUUCCACAUAUGAAGAUGUUCGACGGCGCAUCCGAUCCAGACAACCACAUAGCUCAAUACCGCCAGAGAAUGUUCACCGUGGCUAUCCCUCGUGACAUGAGGGAGGCAUGCAUGUGUAAAGGGUUCGGUUCUAGUCUAAUAGGACCGGCCCUCCAGUGGUAUACGAAUCUCCCAAAUAACUCUAUUAGCUCUUUUGCCCAACUAACUGAUAUUUUUGUCCAACAGUAUGCAAGUAGCAGGAAAUUGGAGAAGAUCUCGGAGGACUUGUACGCCAUUGUCCAAAGGCAUGGAGAACCACUUCGAGACUACAUUGGACGUUUCAACAAGGAGAAGGUGUCAAUCACCAACUGUAGCGAGCAAACCGCUGUCACCGCUUUUCGCAAGGGACUAUUGCCCGGCUCGGAUCUUUAUAAAACUCUCACCAAGUAUCCGUGCAAGACCAUGGAGGACGUGUUGAUUCAGGCGUGGGCACAGAUUAAGUGGGAGGAAGACCAAUACAACAUGCAGAGGGCCUUCCCACCUAGUAGACCCGAAAGAGACCACCGGGUGGACAGGAGGUCGGGUCGUGACAGACGUGCUGAACCGUAUUCGCCUUAUCGACAAAGCGGAGGAAGGGAUGAGUACGAUAGGGCACCCGACACACGCCCCCGCGAGAAAGCAAAGAUUCCAGAAUAUGCCCUAUCCAUCUCCCCCGCCGAAGCAGUUGAAGCACUGAGGAAUCUGGGCAACAAGGUCAAAUGGCCAGAGAGGAUGAGGGCCCCAGCCGACCAGAGGGACAGGUCCAAGUGGUGUGAGUUCCAUGCAGACCAUGGGCAUCGGACAGAGGAUUGCAUCGCCCUCAGAUUGGAAGUGGCCCACCUACUAAAUCAAGGCCACCUCACCGAUUACCUAAUCGAAAAGGGCAAGCUUAUCCUACAACAAGGAAGGGAUAGACAAGAGAAACACAGAGACGACAGCCCACCAGACCCGCCACACCAUGAGAGAACUGUGAACGUGAUAUCCGGAGGCUUCGAAGUCAUCGGAAUCACCCAUUCAGCCGCCAAGAGACACGCCAGAUAG